UGCUGCGGCCAUUUCCGUUCCCGGGCGAUAUUAAAGACAGUUGCUGCAAAUGGCCCCAGUGAGGGCCAUUCAGUUCUUUGGAACUCAAAUGGCCCCAGUGAGGGCCAUGCAGUUCUUUGGGACUGACUCCCCGGUGAAAGUGCAGCCUGCGGCAGGGUUCCCUCCGGCCCCAGGCAGAGCCGCCCCGGGGCACACAGAGCCUGACCGGCCCCACGUCUCUUGGGUCUGGCAGGGCUAAUCCAGAGCCGCGCUUGCAGUAAAACCGCCUCGUCCGCUCGGUUCUCAAUUGCUCCGGUGCACUCUGAGCGCCAAGUCUUGUUUUCAAAACCAGGAGGAAGGGCCCUGUGGACCGGAAAGCCUUUCCUUCAGCUUAGAGCAGGCAUUUUGGCAGAAAUGGAUACCCAUCCAUCUCUUUUUCUUCAGGAAGGAGUGAAACUGGAUCAGGCUCUGUUGACCUUUGAGGAGGUCACUGUGUGCUUCACGGAGGAGGAGUGGGCCCUGCUGGAUGCUGGCCAGAGAGCCCUGCACAGCCAGAUCAUGGAGGAGAAUCGCAGGACUGUGGCCUCUCUCGGAAGUGGCAGAUGGGAAGAGGAGAAUAAGAGAGAACUACAUGGGUUGUCACUGGAAAGAGACAGAAGGAAAACUAGUGACCAGUAAAGAAGGAAGACUGAAGGUAAUCACAAUGGGAGGAAUGAUUGCCUUGCUUUGCAGGGCAAUGGCGGCCAGAACACAAUCCAAGAAGAGGUACACACUGAACAAGAAAAGAACGCAGACCAAGUGAACAAGAGAACAUACGGUUCUGAAUCAAACAAUAAAGCGCACAGCAAACUUCAA